UACCUAUUUGAGUGUCAAAAAAAAUAAUUUGUUCAAGAUUGUUUUAACGUUGCAGCAACAUAAAGAAUCAAUGCACAAACAUUAACCUAGGUUCAACUUAGAAGAGAUAUUUGUAUUUCAACAUUUAACGUUGCAACGUUUCAGCAACGUUAUUUUAACUCCUUGUGCUGCAUGGGCCAGGUUCUUUCUUGGACAUAAAAAAGUGGAUUGUAUUUGUCCUUACGAAUAACUCCGUAAUAUCGCCCAAUUAGAUCACAUUCCUCUUUCAGUAACAUAUAAUUCUAAUACGAGAAUGUGAAAUCUCGCGAUUAUUGAAACCUUUUCGCGACUCGCUGUAAAUCGAUCUGCUUAAAACGAUCGACCUUAGAGAUCAGUCAUUUUACCUUCAUCAAUUUUGUAAAAUUACAAUUGAAGUAGAAAACAAUUCGAAAUAUACAUUUGCAAUAUGAAGAGAUUCGAACUCUUCAACUCUACGAUUCAAAAUCUAUCGAGAAGAGACUAAUUGCGAUUUUCGAGAUAUCGAUACGAUCGAAGCGACAAGCCAGUUAGAAUAACGUUCUAAUGCAAUUCAAAAUAUUACAAAUGGCUAAAGAAUAACACAUUAAUUGUAGUAAUUUAACUUAAUUUGCGUAAGAAUCUUCAAUAUCAAAAGCAACAUAUUGCGAAAUUGAAUUACGCGAUAGAAUAUCGCUGUUGUCGCACUUCCGCGACGUCACCGACACAAAAUGGCCGCCGCGGAGGAUCUGGCGGGCCCCGAUGAAAUUCAGCGAAUGAUCAACGGCUGUUUAGCGACGGAAGAGUAAAUGCUUCUUGAAACGUCGCAGUGCUUCGGAAGGGAAACGGGUGUUUGUAAGUCAUUGAUACCAUGGAGAUCCGUUCCGAGGACGGGCUGGAGCUGCUGUCGAGAUUCAGCGAGAAACCGCGCUCGAUUAACCUCGACAGCGUUUUAUUUACGAGCGGCGUCGAUAGCAGAAGUGCCAUAGAGAUCGUCGGGGCUUCGUCCACCGGGAAGACUCUCUUGUUAUGCCAGUUCGUAGCGAGAUGCAUAUUGCCCGCGCAGUACAGGGGGGUCAGGAUCGACGGAUGCGAUGCCCACGCGAUACUGAUCGACACGCUCGGCCACGUGCAGACGAGGAAGAUAGCAGAACUGAUGGCCUCCGCGAUUCACGGUGCGUAUCAGAUGGUCGACGCGCAACCACCAGCCGAAACGGUGGACUACAUCGUGGACAAGUCUCUGGAGAACUUGACGGUGAUCAGCUGCUGCAACAACGAUCAGCUGCUUCUGACGCUGCACACACUCGGGGAUGAGAUCCUCAGCAACGAGAGGAUCGCCCUGCUAGCUGUAGACAACAUACUGGCGUACUACUGGCAGGCGAGGAGAGAGAGGAGUAUGCUCAGUAUGGAUUCCUACGCCCGAGACUUGCUUCGAACCAUUCGGGCGCAAACGUCCCGGUUUCACACGGCGACAGUUUAUACGAGAUGGGACGGACCGGCGUCCAAGUCGGAGUCGCACGCGAGACGCGCCGAUCUGUCGUCGGAGGGGACGGGUGUAAAUUACAGGCUGCAGCUUAGCAAAAGUAUCGCAGCUCGCGAGUUUAUGUGCCGCAUACAGUCCGUUGAUAAUGCGAGACGGAUUUGUUACACAAUAUCUGACUCGGGCGUAAAAUGGAUUCUGUAACGAUGCGCAAUUGGAAGCG